UAUGCGUAUAAUAUUCUCGUUAUUAUUGUAAAAUUAACUGCAUCAAAAAUAUUUAUUUACUUAUAAACGUAAACUUUUAGAGUAAAUCGUGUUCAAGUCAUUUUAAAUAAAUCAUGUAAAAUAAAAAUUGAGUGCUUAGAAUUUUAAAUUUUCACUAUUUAGACUUAUUAAAAAUGGACAGUUUAUCUAGAAGCUAAUGUAAUUAGUUAAAAAUGGACGGUAGAAAUUCAUAUAUCCAGGCUCAACCUAUAGAGUGGGUGCCUCUAUCUUUGACUUUUGUCGAGUAUCCAAAUGGAAAUAUAUUUGGUAAAUUGCUUGCGCUCUUCAGUAUGAUGCCAUUUGUUAUUCUUUCCGGUUUUAUGACAUUGAUAUUAUUUCGGAGGGACUUGCAUACAAUAUCGUUUUUCUUUGGAGUUAUUGUAAAUGAAUUCUUUAACAAAAUAUUGAAACAUAUAUUAUGUGAACCAAGACCUAUGAUUAGGAAUCCUAAUUUUGUAUAUUCAGAAUAUGGUAUGCCAUCAGCUCACUCACAAUUCAUGUGGUUCUUUGCUUCAUAUAUGAUAUAUUUUACUUUUAUUAGAUUACAAUAUGCUAAUAACAAAGCAUUUAAGGAAUUUUUUUGGAAAGUUACUGCUGUAGCUGUUUGUAUAACUGUUGCUUUUAUUGUAUCAUACAGCAGAGUUUUUCUUCAAUAUCAUACAUGGAGUCAAGUAAUUUAUGGUGCUUUUUUUGGUAUUAUUAUGGGUACUAUUUGGUUUUAUAUUACCAAUGUUAUAUUAACUCCACUUUUUCCAAAAGUUAUGUCUUGGAAAAUAUCAGAGCUAUUUUUGUUAAGAGAUUCAACAUUAAUUCCCAAUAUACUAUGGUUUGAAUAUACUAAUAUUCGACAAGAAGCAAGAGCUAGAGCAAGGCGCCGCAAAUCAGUAUCAAUUAAAUAGCAAUGACUUGCAUAAAAAGAUCAAAUUAGUAAAAAUUAUGCAAAUGGAAAAUUUUAUUAUAGUUUGAUUAUUAAUUGUUAUAAUUAUAAUAAUAAUUGUUUUUCCCAUCUUCUUUACCACAAGCAAUAGCUUCUAAAAGAGAGUUUUAAGUUUAAAUAGUAUAAUAGUUUGAACAUUGAUAAAUUAUUUCAUCAAUGCUCAAUGCUGAAUGAUAUAUAUAUAUAUAUAUAUUAUUUGCUUUGUUAAAAAAUAUACAACAAUAUAUUACUGUUAUAAAAAAUUUAACAGUUUUCCAAAAUAUUAUGUACAUUCUAAAAAUUCAAUAAAAUUAGUUUUAGAGAUAAUAUUUUUUAUAAGUAAUACUUAUUACUUAAUUAUAAAUAUAUAAAAUGUAUGGUAUAAUUAUAUAAGGUGGAUUAGUUUUUUUAGACUAUAUCCACAGUAAAAAAAAAAUGUAGGUCUAUUAUGAUGUAAUUAAAAAUAAAUGAAUGUUCUGUUAUAUUGUUAUAACAGAUCUGAUAUUGAGUGUUCAGCGAUAAAACAAUAUUCCUGUAUAUAUAUAAAUAAAUUUAAUUAGAUAAUCAUGGUAUUAAAAUUGUUUAUAAAAUGUUAUUGCUUUUUAGGAGACCAAAAAAAAAAACAAUAAUUUAAGUAUUGGUCAAUGGAAUUUUCAAAUUAUAACCACAGUUGAAAAAUUACUCAACUACCUAUGAAAUCAACAGUAAUAUCAAUGAAAAAUUUUAUUACUAAAAAUUAAAUUUCUCAAAAAAAAUUUGAUUUUACCAAUUUCUUAUGAAAACUUACCAUUUAUUACAAGUACAUUUAACAGAAUUUUACAAGACAGAUUGUCUUGAAUUUUGAGUAAAAUUUGUAGUUAUACAAUAAAUAAUUUAUAUGUUUCCAUUUGAUUUUUCAAAUUCGACCCUCUAAAACUUCUUACUCUUCAAUGAUUAUUGUAGUUAUAUUAUUUAAGUUACUAAAUUAUUUUAGUAACUACUUAUAUUGGUUAAUUUUAUUACUUAUAAUUUAUAUAUUACCAAACAAUUGUAAUAAAUAUUGUAACUUGUUAGUCAUGAAAUAUUUAUACUUGCAUUAAUUACUUUUGUAUAUUUAGAAUUUCAAAUUUUGUUACAAUGUAUUAUUUUGGACUUAAAAUAAUAAAUAACAUAACAUGACAUGUAUACCAAUAUAAAAAAAAUCUAUCUAUAUAUUCUUGAAUGUUUAAAAAUAUACCAAUGUAAUUUUGUAUAAAAAAUUAAUAACAGGAAAUAAUAAACAAUAUGUGUUAGAUAUAAGAUCAUAAAUAAUGUGUAAGAUAUUAUGGUACAGUAGAUCAUUAUUGGCGAAAAUGUAAUAAGUUAUUACAAAGUGAUUAAUAAAGAAAAAAGCUCAUAUA